AUGCUUGAAGAUACUUGGGGUAACGAUGCGUCGCGGGGUUGCUCAUUGCCCACACUAAACUCAUUCACAUUCCGCUGUGAAGCAGACCGACAAGAAGAUACUCCAAUGCGCCGCCUACCUCCACUACCUCCCGUUGAGCCUCUGCCUCCGGGUCCAUUCAACAACCCGUUCACACUCAGUUCCCACGUUCAGAGCCCUCCAAGCUCUCAAGAUACUUUUCCAACCAGUCUAAAAUCAUCAGGAUGGCAUGGGGGGGAGCACAAGUAUACUACCAUCUCCCCACCUUCACCAGUCAGCUCAGUAGAUUUCUCUCUUAAAGAAACGUUCUCAACUCAAAAGGCAUUCGGCUGGCCCAAUGAUCUCUCCUAUUCUGAGAUCAUGGCCCUCGUUCAACCACGCAACAUCAACCGGAAGCCACCAUUGCAACAGCUAUGUGGCCGUAAACGCAAGAACGAUACCAUGACUUCGUCCGCAAGUGACCAAGACGAUCAACGAGAGAAACAUCGUAUCGCGGAGGGAAACCGACGCAAGAAUCUCAGUCAACUUCACCGAGAACUCGAUAACCGGCUACAUGAUUUUUUCUUGGAGCGUGCCGGAUGGAACCCCAGCAAGAGUCUGCCCCAGUCCAAGGAACAUAUUGUUCAGGGCGCGAUUUACCUGAUUGAUUUCUUACUUGCCAUUGUCGUGUUUUUGAUGGGUCAGGAGAAGAAUAUCCCGCCUCAACUAUCGGAGAAUCUGCAAGGUCAACUACGAAGUAUGCAAUUACAGCAACUUGUUUCGAGCUUGCAGUCCCAGAAUCAAGCUAUGCAGUAUCAGAUCCGAGCUUUGAAGCAAGAAUAUGAUGAUCUUUUGGAUAGACAUCGGGCCUUAGAGUUUAAACUCAAGUCUUAUGAUCAGGUCUUUCGAUCGCCGAAGCCAGAAGUUGUUACACCUCUGCCCAUGACUACGAUACCCCAUGGGGCAUCAGCACCGGGAACCGCAUCAGCAAACCAACAAGAGAAGAAAACAUUACUAGGUCUACGAGUCCUAUGUAGUGAGAUUCCCGGCAUGAGUCCUGAUUGUUCCUUCUCUUCCGAGACAUCAAACACUACAAACUCCACAUCUUCCAGUUCCAACCUCGACGUUAUCCCACGCGCUAUUAUGUCGCCAAUGACUACACGACCUUCCUCACCAAUGUGCCUUACGCCAUCGUCAUCUUUCUCACACUCGUCUUUACCAUCUUCUCGACGCGAGUCUUUGAAUCAUACGUUGUGA